AUGGACGAUCGUGUGAAACGGGUGAUUGAGCGGGAGGAGGCAAAGAAGAUCGCAAACAUUGAGCUCAGAGAAAAGUACCGGCGGGUAUUACGGCAAACUCUCAUGGAGUUUGAUGUUCCAGGUCAGCAGCAUAUAGUGUAUGAGAACGAGAAGAUGCUAGACAAAGCGGAGGAGGAGCUGGAAGGACACGUUAAGCGAAUGGAGAGACUAGGAGGAGAGCUUGAGGAGAGAGUGGAGCAUGUUGAAAAGAAGUUGGAAAAGUGUAAUUCGGAGUUGAUCCAACGGCGAGUUGAGCUUCUCAAUCAGCAGAUACGAAUAUUGGAAUCCGCUGUGAAAUAUAUACAAGACAACAAAUGA